CACUCUUGCCAAUUCAAGGAAGCCAUGCUUCUAUAUGCAGCCAUAAUAUCAUCAUUCUUGUGCUCCCUAUACUUGUUCCAUCGCAGAAGAUCAUGCACACACCCCCUCUUGAGAGAUUACCCCAUCCUCGGAAUGUUGCCACCACUGCUCUUCAACUUGUGGCGUGUUCAUGAUUUUUUCACGGAGGUGCUAACAAAACAUGGUGGCACUGGGGAGUUCAAAGGACCAUGGUUCACCGAUAUGAACUAUUUGGUCACUUGUGACUCCCUCAAAGUGCAACACAUGUUGUGCAAGAACUUCGACAACUAUGUCAAGGGACAUGACUUUCGUGACAUUUUCGAACAAUUCGGAGAUGGGUUUGUCACUGCCGAUUCAGAGACAUGGAAGUACAUCCGAAACCUUCUCCAUUCUUUGAUCAAACAAAGAAGGUUCGAAGUGUUUGUUCAUCAAACCGUUCAGAAGAAGGUGUACACAAGCUUGCUUCCGAUAUUGGACCAUGCACAACAACAAGGAAGAGUGGUGGAUCUUCAAGAUAUCUUGAAUCGAUUCACAUUCGAUAACAUAUGCUCCACAAUCGUAGGACACGAUCCUAAGUGUCUUUCCAUUGACUUUCCCAAUUUAUCUCUAGUCGAUGUGGGACUUCCAACAAAUGUUGCAAUCGAAAAGGCUUUUAAUGAGUCUAAAGAGUGGAUAUUCUACAGACACGAAGUGCCGGGAAGUGUUUGGAAGCUCCAAAAGUGGCUCCAAAUUGGUCAAGAGAAGAAGUGGCUCCAAAUUGGUCAAGAGAAGAAGAUGACGGAGGCGUGCAAAUCGUUUGACGAUUUCAUAUAUUCAUGCAUAGCGUCCAAGCGAGAAGAGUUAAGCAAGUGCAGCAGUGUUAGUAUUUUGAGAGAAGGAAUGGAAGAAGCUCCAUUUGACUUGCUUACAGCUUUGAUCACAGAAGAGAGAGGACGUGUGCAUGAUGACAAGUUUCUAAGAGAUGCUGCGUUUAACUUGUUUGCUGCAGGGAGAGAAACCAUUACUUCAGUUCUUACAUGGUUCUUUUGGCUUAUUGCUAAGCACCCUAUAGUGGAAGCCAAGAUUAUUGAAGAGAUCAGAGAUAAUUUGAAGACAUCUGGGGUAGUUUUAGGCAUGGAAGAGGUGAAAAAGCUGGUUUAUCUGCAUGGUGCUUUGUGUGAAGUUAUGAGACUUUUUCCUCCAGUUCCUAUUGAACGGAAGCAAGCAGUUAAAGCUGACACUCUUCCAAGUGGGCACAGAGUAAAUGGCAAUACAAUGAUAAUCUUUUCUCCGUAUGCAAUGGGAACGAAUGAAGAGAUAUGGGUAAAAGAUUGUUUGGAGUUCAAGCCUGAAAGAUGGAUAUCUGAUAGAGGAGAAAUAGUUUAUGCACCAGCUUACAAAUUCAUAGCUUUUAAUGCAGGACCAAGAAUCUGUUUGGGAAAAGACUUGGCCUUUGUUCAAAUGAAGAUGGUGGCUGCUGCUAUUUUAAGGAAGUACUGUUUCAGAGUGGUGGAAGGUCAUGUUGCAACUCCAACACAUUCAAUUGUUGUUCUCAUGAAGACGGUUUGAA